AUGAAGUUUAAUAAUAUAAUAAUCCUGUUCAGUGCUCUCUUCAGUCAAGUACUAAGUUUAAAUAUUUUAGGAGUGUUCCCGUAUCAAGGCAAGAGUCACUUCUUCGUAUUCGGACCAUAUCUGAAGGAAUUAGCAAGAAGAGGCCAUAACUUAACAGUGAUAUCAUACUUUCCUUUAAAAGAACCGAUCGACAACUACCAUGAUAUAAAGUUGUCGGGAAAAGUAUUGGAAGACGUGUUUCCUAUAUACAGAUCAUACUGGACUAUAAUAGAGACCAGUUUGUUCUUGAAGAAUUCUGGACAGGAGAACUGUAUAACGCUGCUUGAAAAUGAGAAUGUACAGCGUCUGUGGAAGACGGAACAAAAGUUUGAUUUAAUGCUUAUGGAACUGUUCAAUAAUGACUGUGCUCUAGGUCUAGCUCACAAACUUGGUCUCCCAGUUGUUGGCCUCACGUCACACGUGUUGAUGCCAUGGCACUACGAAGACUACGGGAUACAGUACAACCCUUCGUACGUACCGGUGCUAUUCUUAGAAGGCGGAACUAAGCCAACUUUAUACCAAAGAAUUGAAAGAAGUAUUUUCCAUGUGUACUUAGUAUAUUUACAUAAAUUAACAUGUCGAAGAAACAACCAAAAAACUUUAGCACAAUAUUUUGAUGAUGUACCGCCACUUGCUGACUUAGCAAAGAAUGUUAAAAUGUUACUAUUGUACACAAAUUACGUGGUAUCUGGCUCUGGUCUCUACCCGCCAAACGUACGUGAAGUAGGAGGAUACCACGUCACGAAACCUAAAGAACUGCCUCAGGACUUAAAGAAAUUCAUAGAAGAAUCUGAGCAUGGCGUGGUUUAUAUAAGUUUUGGAUCAAUGCUACGAUCUACCUCAACGCCCAAAGAUAAAUUGGACGCCAUCAUCGCCGCAGUAUCAGAAAUACCUCAGAGAAUCAUUUGGAAGUGGGAGGAAAAGACUUUACCAGGAAACCCGAAGAAUAUAUUCAUAUCGAACUGGUUACCGCAAAACGAUAUUUUAGCUCAUCCAAAAGUCCUUGCCUUUUAUUCCCAUUGUGGUAUGUUGGGUACUACAGAAGCCAUUCACUAUGGAGUUCCUAUGAUCGGUAUGCCGAUAUUUGGAGAUCAACCAGGCAAUGCUGCUGCUAUCGAAGAAAGUGGCCUUGGAGUACAAAUUCAUAUCAAAGAUUUAACUAAAGAACUCUUGCUGGAGAAGCUUAGAAUUGUAUUAAAUCCGGAAUUCAGAAGAAAAGUGAAGGAACUGUCAAAAGUAUGGCAUGACCGCCCACAGUCACCCAUGGACACUGCCAUAUAUUGGACGGAGUACGCUGCACGCACUGCCAACUACACAUUCAGAACUCCGGCCAGCUCCGUACCAUUAUACCAAUAUAGGAUCUGGGAUGUUACAGCAGUAAUCCUUGCUAUUCUAAUUAUAUUCAUCUAUUCUAUAAAGACAGUAAUCUCUUUAGUACAGAAGAGAAGAGAAGAUCGUUAUUAUGAGUUCAAGACUAAAUAA